AAACAAACCAACGCGUCUGCGAUGCUGACCGUAGGACACGACGAAACAUGUCAGAGUUUCAAAAAGUAGUUGUCAUUGAUGCCAAGGGCCAUCUUAUGGGCCGUUUAGCCUCUGUUGUUGCUAAGCAACUUUUGUCGGGUCAAAAAGUCGUCGUUGUCCGUUGUGAAGAGUUAAACAUCUCUGGCAGCUUCUUCCGUAACAAGCUCAAGUACCUCGCCUAUUUGCGCAAAACUUGCCGUUACAACCCUACUCGUGGUGCUUUCCACUUCCGUGCUCCUUCUCGCAUCUUCCAAAAGGCUGUUCGUGGUAUGCUUCCCCACAAGAGCCCCCGUGGUCAAGCUGCUUUGGAACACUUGCAAGCUGUUGAAGGUGUUCCCCCUCCUUUCGACAAGCAAAAGCGUGUUGUUGUCCCUGCUGCCCUCCGUGUCUUGCGCCUUAAGCCUGGCCGUAAGUACUGCACUGUUGGCCGUCUCUCCUCUGAAGUCGGUUGGAAGUACGCCGAUGUUGUUUCCAAGUUGGAAGAACGUAGAAAGGUCAAGAGCGCUGCUUUCUACCAAGCCAAGCACUCUAAGCAAAAGAAGGUUGCUGCUGCUAAGUCUGCUUCUUCUAUUAACCAAAAGCUCGCUGCUUAUGGAUACUAAUUUCCGUGUUCACUUUUUAAAAAUAAUAAAGAUAGAUGUCAUUGGACUCACAGGGUAACUUUGAAUCUCUUUCGGUAAAUAGCUUUUUCACAUAUGUUCAUUCAGUAAUUUUAUAAUUUAGU